UGACAGGCGAGCGGGACGGCAGCGGGGAAGGAAGCCCAGCCCGGCCGUCCGUGCGUCCGUCCGUCCGUCCGCGCGUCCGUCCGCGCCCGCGCCCGCGCCGGGCACCAGGCCGCGCGCCAGGCCGAGGCUGCAGCCGAGACGCGCGGUGUCGGGGCGCGGAAAACAUGGCUGAUGACUUCGGCUUCUUCUCGGCGUCCGAGAGCGGGGUCCCCGAGGCGGCGGCGGCGGCAGCGGCCGAGGAGGACCCGGCGGCCGCCUUCCUGGCUCAGCAGGAGAGCGAGAUCGCCGGCAUCGAGAACGACGACGAGGCCUUCGGGGCACCUGCCGGCGGCCCGGGGGCCGUGGCACAGCCCGGACCCGCUGGGGCUGGUUCUGAAGACAUGGGGACAACAGUCAAUGGCGAUGUGUUUCAGGAGGCAAAUGGCCCUGCAGAUGGCUAUGCUGCAAUUGCCCAGGUGGACAGGCUGACUCAGGAGCCAGAGAGCAUACGCAAAUGGAGAGAGGAACAGAAGAAACGCCUGCAAGAGCUGGAUGCUGCCUCUAAGGUGACAGAGCAGGAGUGGCGGGAGAAAGCCAAGAAGGACCUGGAGGAGUGGAACCAGCGCCAGAGCGAACAAGUGGAGAAGAACAAGAUUAACAACCGGAUCGCAGACAAAGCAUUCUACCAGCAGCCAGAUGCUGACAUCAUCGGCUACGUGGCAUCGGAAGAGGCUUUUGUGAAAGAAUCCAAGGAGGAGACUCCGGGCACAGAAUGGGAGAAGGUGGCCCAGCUGUGUGACUUCAACCCUAAGAGUAGCAAGCAGUGCAAAGAUGUGUCACGGCUGCGCUCGGUGCUCAUGUCCCUGAAGCAGACGCCACUGUCCCGCUAGGUGCUUGCCGGAAGCACAGCCGCAGGGCAUGGGCCAUGCUGGGCCAGAGGAGAAGCAGUGGCUUGGGCCAUGGGGAAGAACUUCCCCUGGCAGCUGCUAUACACAGCCUGUUCCGUUCCUGUCCAUCUCCUGGGAUUGGAAGGGGGCCCCUCAUCCCUCCCGCCCCUCUCUCCCUCCUGGCCCUGUGGUCUAGCCCCUCAUGCCUCCCCCAAGUCCAGUCAAUUGUGACUGUCCUUCCUGAUGUUUUUUUCUCUUUUCCUUUCUUCUUGGCUUAAAGGGUGUGUUGUUAACUCUU